AACUGAUACAAAAUAUUAUGAUUCUAACUCAUUAAAUGUGAUUACUUAAAUAAUCAAAACUAUUAUGUCGUUAAUGUCGAGUUUUGUAUAAUGCUCAGUUAUCGAAAAUAUUAAUUUGGUUUACGUUAUUCAAAAGGCUAAUAAUAAUAUGUCAUCCAAUGCAAUAAAUUCAAGUUUAUUAACAUUACAGUGUGAAAAAUCUGGAAAAUGUUAUGACUUAUUAAAAAAAGAAACUAAUGUAGUGGGUAGAUUUGGAUUUGAUGGUGACUUAGAAAUACCAGAUGAUUUGUCUGUCAGUCGAUUUCAUGCUGUAAUUUCUGUUACAAAAAAAGUAGUAAAUAAUUUUGUGGAAAUCAAUAUUGAAGUUAUCGAUAAAAAUUCUAAGUUUGGAACAUUCAUAAAUGAAGGUAUUGAUAAUAAUGUUAGUAUUAAAAGUGGAAUUCCUAAAGUUUUAAAAUUACAUGAUAAAAUUCGUUUUGGAAGAAUUGACAGCAUUUGGGUGGUUAAAGAAUUUCAAGUAAUAGUUUGUCCUUCUACAUUAACUAAACCAGAUAAAGAUAAUUUAAAAAAAUUAAUGACAAAACUUGGUGGAAUUAUGGUAAGGGAAUGGUCAGAUGAAUGUGUUCACCUUUGUAUGAACUCUAUUACAAUAACUGAAAAGGCCUUGCUUUGUUUAGCAUCAGCAAAACCAAUUGUGACUCUUCAAUAUUAUUUUGAUCUUUAUAAAGCCUUAUUGCCUAAUUCUAUGAUUACUCUUCCAUUUUGUGAUGGUUACAUACCUCCUUUAAAAGAAGCACUUCUAAAUACAGAGUUUAUUUCAUUUAAUGUCAUAAAUAAGCGAAAAAGACUUUUUGGUGGUCUUACAUUUAUAUGUUCUACAAAAGAACAAUUAGUUCGCAUUGAAAAGAUGGUAAAAUAUGCAGGUGGUGAAGCCAUACAUUUUUUAGAUUGUAACAUAAGUAUUGAAGAAAUUUUAAAUUCUUCAUCAUACAUAUUAAUGCAGCAAGAUCCCUUUAAUAUGAAAGAUGUUGACAAGUACUCAACAAUUAUAAAAAAUUUGGAAGUUAAAAAUAAAAGACUGAUACCAGAGAAUGACAUUGGUUUAAGUAUUAUCAAUGUUAACACAAAAAAACACUGCAAUCCCAGUCAUAAAUUUACCUUGGUAAAUUUGCAAUCCCAAGCAAGCAAUUUGGAUACUCCUAUAGAUUUAGUUCCAGAAACUGAGGUAGUAUUUUUUAAUGAGAGCAAAACUUGUUCUGUUAAUAUUAUUCAAGAUUCACAAGUUUCACAACAAAGAUUCAAAAGGCCCUGUGAAGAAUAUUCAGAUUCAGAGGAAAUUAUUUUUUCCAGGAAGAGAACCCCAAUUAAUGAAGAAGUAAAUAUUAAACACGAAAUAAAAGGAGAAAUUCAAGAUGAAAACUUCGAAGAAGAAUUUAAAAUAGAAAUAACAGACAACAUAGAUAGUUUAAAAAAUGAAAAUGUGGAACCUGAUUUACUUAAAAAUAGCUACUCAUUAAGCACUGAAUUAAAAAAUCUAUCCACAAUUGAAAAUUCUUGUAUAGCUACAAUACAACCAUCACAAGAACAAUUGAUUGAAACAAAAACUAAUAUGUUUAACUCAAAUUGUACUGAUGUUGCUAAAUCUGUUAUACAUCAAUACAGUUUAGCUAGUAAUAGAACUAAAAGGAAAAUACAUGAUACUAGAACCAUAUUUAAUGAUAAUUAUGAUGAAGAUGACUUAUUUGAUUAUAAAGAUAUUGAUGAAAUAGAAGGACCUCCACCUAAAAAAAAAACACAAAAUAGUUUAUUGCAAUCUUUUUUUUGUUUACCAGAGUCUUCUGUUAAAAAGGAAGUUGUAUCAAGUGAGAAAACUGAUGUUAAAUCAAUAAUAGACCCUGAUUAUAUAAUGAAGAAUUUAUUAGCAGAUGUCAAAGAUGAUGCACAGUUUAUUGAUACCAGCAAUUUAAUUUGCAAUCAAUCAAGUUGUAAUGAAUUGAAUCAAUCAGAAAAUAAAGACUUAAUAAAUUCAGUAAUCACUGAAACUAGGUGUAUGGUUGUAUCAAAAUCAGCUAAUAAACUAACCAACUCUACUUCUUUUCAGAAUGGAUGUUCCUUACCAAAUUUCAAAAAGUUUAAAAAAGUAGGACCUACAAUUCGUAUUCCAUAUAUUGUUCCAUUAACAUUCAGUCAAUUUGAUUCUGAAUAAUGUGUUCAAGUUGGUUUUUUAUUUUUAAUAUUAUAAAAAUCUUCUAAUUACUACAAAUGUUUUAUUUAAAAAUGGAUAUUUAUUUUUCUUUUUUAAGGAUUAUUAACCACAUAUUAAUGUAUUAAUAUUAAAUAAUUUAAUAAAACAUAAAGUUUUACCCACUCAAUUACU